ACCCUCGUUUUGGCGUGGAGAGAUGUCAGCCAUUUUGUUGGGCGAAGAAAGUAUUUAAUAGCAAAUUUAUGUGUGAAAAAUAGAUCGACAUGAAAUGGAUCUUAAAAAUGUGUCAUAUAGCUUAAACAGUCAUUUUUCUAAAUUGGUCGCUGGAUAGUGCUGUGAUCACUGAAAAAUAGGCUAAAUUACAAUAGUUUUGAGCCAAUCUCUGCCCUAGCGACCCGUUUCCGGGCUCGAUCGACUAGUGACAACAAAUCCUCAAGUCUGUCUAAUUAAUGUCUCUGUUCACAUAACACGACAGAUUCAUACGUUUAUGUGCGUGCAUUAAACAUAACUGUGAUGAACGAUUAAGUGUUUGGCGAACAUUUAGCAGUUAAUGAAUUAAGAAAUUCAAGAUGUCGGCAACCGCAAGAGGACCAGCAACACUUCACACAGUUCACGAAUCUGUGGUGGUCGAUAGGCAUGAUCGGCAUUUGGGUUCAUCCAAAGGAAAAGAGGGUACUGAUGAAAAUACAACUACACCAUCAUCAACACGAGUUUCAUCAUCAAGGUCUAGGGCUAAUGAUGAACCUCACAUAGGAAAAUACCGUCUCAUAAAAACAAUUGGUAAAGGAAAUUUUGCCAAAGUAAAACUCGCUAAACAUGUUCCUACAGGAAGAGAGGUUGCUAUUAAAAUAAUUGACAAAACACAACUGAAUCCCUCAAGUUUGCAAAAGCUUUUUCGAGAGGUGAGAAUUAUGAAAAUGCUUGAUCAUCCCAACAUAGUUAAGCUUUUUGAGGUUAUAGAAACAGAAAAGACUCUAUAUCUUGUUAUGGAGUAUGCAAGUGGAGGUGAAGUUUUUGAUUAUUUAGUUGCUCAUGGACGAAUGAAAGAAAAAGAAGCGCGAGCCAAAUUUAGACAGAUAGUUUCUUCUGUUCAAUACUGUCAUCAAAAACACAUUGUGCAUAGGGAUUUAAAGGCAGAAAAUCUAUUGCUAGACAGUGACAUGAACAUAAAAAUUGCAGAUUAUGGUUUUAGCAACGAAUUUGUUCCUGGCAACAAAUUAGAUACAUUUUGUGGUAGUCCUCCAUAUGCUGCACCAGAACUUUUUCAAGGAAAAAAAUAUGAUGGCCCUGAAGUUGAUGUAUGGAGUUUAGGUGUGAUAUUAUAUACUUUAGUGAGUGGAUCUCUUCCAUUUGAUGGUCAAAACCUUAAGGAAUUGAGGGAGAGAGUUCUUAGAGGGAAGUACAGAAUACCUUUCUACAUGUCAACGGAUUGUGAAAAUCUAUUGAAAAAAUUUCUGGUUUUAAACCCUUUAAAAAGGGCUAGCUUGGAGACCAUAAUGAAGGACAAGUGGAUGAAUAUAGGUUAUGAAGAUGAUGAACUUAAACCAUUUAUAGAGCCCCCUCCAGACAUAAAUGAACCAAUGAGGAUAGAACUUAUGAUCAACAUGGGUUACAAUCGCAAGGAUAUUGAAGAGUCUCUUAAAAUGCAAAAGUAUGAUGAUAUCCAUGCUACAUAUCUGCUUCUUGGCAGACGUACAACAGACGUAAGUAGUUUAUUGGAAGGCAGUGAUAGAUCAGGUAGCAACUUAUCUCUCCAGCAGAUACGGGUUCCAUCAUCACGACCUCAUGAUAAUAAUAGUUCUAGCCAAUCUCCAAACAAGGUGCCUCGAAGCCAGUCAGCCACCAGCAGCUCAAAUAAUCAGAAGCCACGUCGUUACAGUCAGGGUGGAGAAAAUAAUGGCAAUGGUUCGGGGAGUGUUAGUGCAUCCCAGACACAAUCAAAUUCAUCCCGGAGACCAACUACAGAAUCUGCUGCCACCAAACAGAGUACUUUAGAAGAAAGAAUGGGCAAAGUUUCAGUUGGGGGUGGAAAUAGUAACAGUGGUGUUCCUGUAGUUUCUUCAGAUUCUCCAAAGAUUCAAACAGGCAAGAGCACAGCAAAUCAUUCAGACAGUACAGAAGUUGUUAGUUCACUCAGCAAUAAGCCAAAGAGUCCUUCAAAAAACUCCAUAGAUUCUCCUAAGAUGCAUGCCAGAAAAGGUUCAAAUCAUUCCACUUCAUCAUCUAAAGAGAACACAGUCCCAUCUUCGCGUCCUAAGACUCCUAGGGGCUCAACGGAGGGCAUGAAGAUCACUGGUCAGACUGCAAUACGAGCAACAAUGCCCACUAGGAAGAGCAAUCAUUCAGCAUCUGCUACAUCAUCUGCAACUCCAAAAACUAUAAUGAGCCAUAGUCACAGUACAAGCAUUCCUCGGCGUAGUACAUUUAGUCCAGGAGAUAACAGGGCAGUUACACCUGGUGAAAAGCCAAGGCCAACUAAUGGACAAGAUACACGCAGCAACGCAAGUUCAACACCACCAGAACCCCCAAGUAGUACAAGUUCAACUCCCACGCCAUCAUCAGCUAGACCGAAAGGACAUGCAAAAUCUAACAGCAUGUCCCAAUCGGCUCGAGCCAGUGAAUUGCCUUCAACUAUAAGUGAUGGUGAUCAAAGACCUACGACUGCUCCUGGAAAAACGCCUGCCAUAUCCCCUGGUGUAAAGCCUAAUUUAACAAGAGGUACACAGGCAAGAAACACAUUCCAUGGCCGCGAUGCACGUAAACAAGUGGUAAAUCCUUAUAAUGGACCUGGUGGAGUAACUCAACAUCCUGCAGACUCAUCAAACAUGGCUGGACAAAGGCCAUCCUUUUUCAAUAGGAUAACUUCAAAGUUCAGUCGAAGACCUGAAGGUGGAUUGCAGAGCUCCUCUCCCCAUGCAUAUGCCAGCGGGAGGGCUCCCGCCCUGUCACCCCACGUUUUUCGCAGGUCUAUGUCUGGGGAAACACGGGACCCAGAGGGUGUCAAACCCAGAUCACUCCGUUUUACAUGGAGCAUGAAAACCACAAGUGCAAUGGAUCCCAAUGAUAUGAUGAAAGAAAUCAGAAAGGUUCUGGAUGCUAAUAACUGUGACUAUGAGCAAAGGGAACGUUACCUUUUGUUAUGUGUACAUGGAGACCCCAACACAGAUAGCCUUGUUCAAUGGGAAAUGGAAGUUUGCAAGCUGCCACGCUUGUCACUUAAUGGUGUUCGUUUCAAGCGCAUAUCUGGAACAUCAAUAGGAUUCAAGAACAUUGCAUCCAAGAUAGCAAACGAAUUAGAUGGCUUUAAUGAUGUGGCUUGAGAUGAAGAAAUCAGUGGCCUCUGAUGGAAACUACCAAACUGUCUACUGUGGGGUGCAUCAGUUUAACAUUUUUUAUUUUAUUAAAGAACAAUACAAGCUGAUGGACUUCAUUUCUGUCUUCAAUCAUAGAACUGAUAAUCACAAACUGUGUACCAUCUUACAAACCUUUUACGGCUGUGAACAAUAACAUAGUGCAUAUUUUGUUGGACUAUCACGACUAAAAAGUGUUUAAAAAACUUCCUUAUGCAUAUUAAUCUGAUUGGUAGAGGUUGAAGGAAAAAAAACUAUACAAUUUGAAAUUAAAUGUUUAGAUUAUGUGAAGAGAAAGAAAGUUUUAUAAUGAUGUGCACACACAUACAAAUAAAUGUAUAAAAACACAAAACUGGUUUUAGAAUGUUAUGGUAUUUAUUAGACAAACACUUUUUUAUAACAGUGAUGUUAUUUUUUAUACAUUAAUUGCAUUGUUAAGGUAGCAUUUAAUUUCAAUAUUGUUUAAACUGCUAACAAAAACAGUUGUGUUUAACAGCUCACAACAUUAUAUUUCUUGACAGUUAUAUUUUUUUUAGUGCACUAGUAAUGUUUGUUUGUUUUUUUAAAUUUAAGAAUGAAAAAAAAUAUUCUUGAAUAGUUUAGCUAUAGAGUACUACUUAUACUACAGUUGAAAAUUAACUUGAUUAUAUUUUUAAUUGCAUUCAGUAAUUUCAUUUUGGUAAUGUUUGUUUUUAGAUGUCAAAAUCUUGCACUUAAAAUAUUUUACACUGGUAAAAGUUUUACUUUGCUUAUCAAUUUGUCCAGUUUGUGCUUCUUUAAUUUAAUGGUAUAAGCUAGUUUUAGUAUUUUAAUAAGUUUUUUUACAUUAUAAGUGUGAAUUCAGGUUGAGAUGACUCACAAUUGAUUGGUCACAUGGUAAUAAAAGAAAUAAUUUAAAUAGCCUGCCACAACUUUGUGGAGAUUUGCAAUUUUGACUAACCAAUUCUGAAAGACAAUAGUAAUACUUGUAGUUAUGCACUUGAACUUCUACUUCUUAAAGUUGAUUAAAAAUAACUUAUGAAUUUUGAAUAAGUAGGUAUUUUUAACGGAUGUUUCUGGUUCAUUCAAAUGGAAAAAUUUAGUUUUUUUUCCUUCAAGCAUCUGUUUAUUUGACAUUUUGUACUUUGAUACACUUGGACCUAUGUAAAUUUUGUAUAAAGAAAAAUCUAUUAUUUCACAUUGUACAGCACUAUAAAAGUUUGGAUUGGUUGCAAUGUAUGAAGUUAAUUUCUUGGUUUGUUUCUGGUCUUUUCAUGUACUUGUAUUUAAAGAAAAGUACUAGAAAAAUGAGAAUUUAGAUUUUAUAUUAAAUGCACCUAUUUUGCUUUUAGCAAAUAUUUGUCUUUUUGGUAAACAAGAUUGGCUGAUGGUGGUCAGUGUGACUUCAUUAUUCUUUUAUGCAAGUCCUUUUUUUUUAGUUAAUGGAAAAUUCAAUUCACCAUUAAAACUUUAAAAUAUCAAAAUUUAGAGAGAAUAAUAAACAAAAUAAAAUUGUCCACAGUUACAUCAUUUAAAAAAACUAAGACACCUUUUUAAAAUAAAAACAAGUGUAGUUCUUGUACAACAUACCUAUUUGGCAAGUUAUUACAUUUUUCAUGUACAAAUUCUUACUGGGUUUUUAAAUUCAAAAGUUCCUUUUAGGUUCAAACUAUUUUGUAGUUACCCAGCUGGGUUUUGCAUUAUAUUUUAUGUAUGGUUGCUUUUUUGUGAUGUGACAGUUCUUUUAUGUGAUUUAUUCCCAGUCUUGUAUAGUGCAUUUACCAGGAGGCUGAUACUUUUUUCAUUAAAAAAAAGCUAAUUGAAUUAUUUCAACAUUUAGGGUUAGAACAUUUCUUGUCAGAUGUUGUAAAUACUCAUACUAAUUGCUGAGUGAAUGUGUAUAGGUAUGUAUGCCAAGAAAAUCUGUACCCUUACUAUGGCUGACCAAGCUGUAGAGCUGUAAAAAAUAUUUUAGCUUGUUCUAAGUAGCCUGUUAUUUAUGAUUAGUUUUGUAUGGAUGAGCACAUUUUAAAGUAUUGUCACUGGUUGUUUUAAAUUAGUGUGUGCAAAUCAAGCUCACAUUUCCACUUCUAAUGAAAGUAGAUUUAAUGGUAAAUUGUAUUGCUGACUGAAAUUCCAAGUCAUUAAUUAAAACAUUUUUAUUUGUAGCUGAACUAACUCCAGCACUGUUUUCUUUCCCCUCCUAUGCAAAAUAGAUUCUUUGCUUUUUUUUUUUUGUCAUUUUGGGCAUAUGUACCAAGAUUUUUAAAAAUUCAUUUUUAGCUUGGAAUCAAGCAGUUUUUAAAUAUAGUUGUACUUUCAAUGCCUUUAAACUGGCACUCUGAGUAUUAAAGUCCACAUGAAAAUGUACUGCAAAAUUUUUAAUUUGUUUUAAGUUCUUGGUUACCUAGAGAAUAUUUUUGUUAAAACUUUCUCUGGAUCAAAUUGUGUGGUCGGUUUUGGUCGUCAUAUUUUUCAUGUUUCCUUAUACCUGAAGUUUUUAAAUGAAAAAGAUUCCAAUUCCAGAUAAUUGAUUGUUUUUAUUUCUUUAAAAAGAAUUUACAUCUAUCAUUUCAUUGUUAAAUAUUAGAAUGUGAGAAGUUGUGUGUAGACCUAUUUCUUUACCUAUUGAUUGUUGGAAUGCUGAAAGAACAAGUACAGUUAUUUUAAAGAAAAGAAUUGGAUCAUUGUAUAUUACUUUGAGCUGGAAGUUAAUACAGACUUUAAAAGAUUUAUUAUCAAACUGUUGAGAAAUAAUAGGCCUUUAGGAUUUUAAGUUGCUUUACACGUGUGUAAUACUUGGCUGGAAAAAAGUUGUCUGCCUUAGUAAUUACUCAUCAGAGAUUUCAUGUCUUAAAUAAAAAUUUAUGAAAUUAAAAUAUUUUGAAAACAAAAUCUAAUUUAGAUCACAAUUAUGAAAAUAGAACUAGGCAAUAAUAACAUUUAUACAUAUUGACAUCAAAUUUUUAGAAGUGUUGAUGAAUCAUGGUACUAACAAGCACAAUUUUCUAUAGCAGAAUUCAGAUGACAAUAUUGGUAUUAAAACUGUAAAAAGAUAUACCUAUAUUGGCAACUCUGUGAUGUAUUGAGUUACUGUGGUAGAAUUCAAAUUGUGUGUUGUUUGCCAGCAAAGGGCUUUCUUCUGCAUUAAAAUAACCUGUAUGUCAGUUCAUUGUCUAUGGUUUGCAAAAAUCCUUAACCUGGGGAUUAUCAAACUGUUUUUCCAAUUUAAUUGCACUUAAAUUAAUAUAAAUAAUAUAUCAGUUGUGUGAUUGAAAAGUUGAAAGUGUCAAAAAGUUUAGUUUGCUUGAACUGGUCAUGUGAUACAUUUUUUUUUUCAUUAAAAAAAAACUUACUUGUGGGCUGAAAGUAAUUUUAAGAAUGUUUUACAUUGUGUGUAAGUUUUGACAUUUCCAUAUGGCCACUUGUAGUGUUGUCCACUAACAUUGAAACCCAGUAAAUUUCAUGGAAAAUGUC